AUGUCGGCGUUCCUACAAAGAAGGCCGUCGCUCGCCGUGAGGUGUCCGCUGGACCUCGGGACCUCCAUCUGGCGAAGAGCUGCUCGACGGGCGUAUGCCGUACAUGCUCAGUCACAACCUCUCCCGCGAAGAAAGGCUGCCGUCCCUCCCUACCAGAAAAUCCUCAAGAGAUUCGAAGAAGUUCGGGCGAUACUAGGCUCGCGGAAACUGACUUUGGCUGAAAAGAUCCUAUACGCCCAUCUCGACAAUCCUGAAGAAUCUCUAUUGACCAAUACCGACAAUGGCAAAAACAUUCGCGGGAAUGCAAACCUCAAGCUCAAACCCGACCGAGUCGCCAUGCAAGAUGCGUCUGCGCAGAUGGCCAUCCUCCAAUUCAUGACAUGCAACUUACCUUCGACCGCUGUACCUGCGAGCAUACAUUGCGAUCAUAUGAUUGUGGGUGAAAAAGGUGCAGACACAGACUUGCCAAAUUCGAUCGCUGGAAACAAGGAGGUGUUCGACUUUUUGGAGUCUGCAGCAAAGAGAUAUGGCAUAGAAUUCUGGCCUCCGGGUGCUGGUAUAAUACAUCAGACUGUCCUUGAGAACUAUGCGGCACCUGGUUUAAUGAUGCUGGGAACAGAUUCUCACACUCCAAAUGCUGGCGGUCUAGGCGCAAUUGCAAUUGGAGUCGGCGGAGCCGACGCUGUUGAUGCCCUCGUCGAUGCUCCAUGGGAACUCAAAGCUCCAAAGAUCCUCUCUGUACGUUUGGAGGGUAAGCUCAGUGGCUGGGCAUCACCCAAAGACGUCAUUCUUCAUCUUGCAGGACAGAUCACCGUCCGUGGUGGCACCGGGUCCGUCAUUGAGUAUACUGGUCCAGGAAUCGACACACUUAGUUGCACUGGCAUGGCCACAAUUUGCAACAUGGGCGCUGAAGUUGGAGCAACGACCUCGAUAUUUCCCUUCAGCGAGAAUCACAUUCCUUACCUCCAGGCCACAGGACGUGCAGCUCUCGUCGAUGCUAUUAAAGGAAUCGCAUAUGGUUCCGAGCAGUACAACUUCCUGCGUGCAGAUGCAGGUGCAGAGUAUGACCGAGAGGUCACCAUCAAUCUGUCCGGACUUGAACCUCAUAUCAACGGACCCUUCACCCCAGAUCUAUCUACGCCAUUGUCCAAGUUCAAAGGAGCUGUCGAAACUAACAAAUGGCCUAGUACCUUCUCAGCUGGACUGAUUGGCAGUUGCACCAACAGUUCCUACGAAGACAUGACUAGGGCGGAGGAUUUGGUGAAGCAAGCGCAAGCUGCCGGACUGAAGCCUAAAUCCGACUUCUUUAUCACUCCUGGUAGCGAGCAAGUCCGCGCAACUCUGGAAGAUAGCAAAACCCUCCAAACUUUCGAAGGAGCUGGAGGAACUGUGCUCGCUAAUGCUUGCGGUCCCUGCAUUGGACAGUGGAAGCGUACCGAUGGUAUGAAGAAAGGUGAAGACAAUGCCAUCAUCUGCUCGUACAAUCGGAAUUUCCCGGGUCGAAACGAUGGCAAUCCUCGAACAAUGAGCUUCCUGGCCUCUCCAGAGAUCGUCACUGCCAUGUCGUUCUCUGGGUUAACAUCGUUCAACCCUAUUACGGACGAGAUCCCACUGCCUUCCGGUGAAAAGUUCAAGUUUGAACCUCCCAAAGGCACAGCUCUACCAGGGUCGGGGUUCGCCAUAGGCAAUCCAGCUUUCUUGCCAUCAUCUGCUGAACCUGAUUCAAGCGUGCAAGUCGUCGUCGACCCAGAGUCCGACCGAUUGGCUCUCUUGGAGCCUUUCGAGCCAUUUCCUGAGGGUGAGCUCAAAGGGUUGAAAGUUCUCUACAAAGUGAAAGGCCAGUGUACCACCGACACCAUAUCGGCGGCUGGACCUUGGCUGAAGUACAAGGGACAUUUGCCAAACAUCGCCGAAAAUACUUUGAUUGGCGCAAUUAACGCCGCGACUGGAGAAACUAAUGUUGCCUAUGAUGUUGAUGGUUCGAAGUCGUCUAUUCCAGAGCUUGCCAAGAAGUGGAAACAGCAAGGUCAAAAUUGGCUUGUCGUGGCCGAAGAUAAUUAUGGUGAAGGAUCUGCGCGAGAACACGCUGCACUCCAACCCAGAUAUCUAGGUGGACAAGUCAUUCUCGCGAAGAGUUUCGCCCGUAUCCAUGAGACCAAUUUGAAGAAGCAAGGAGUUGUACCGUUGACAUUCGCCAACAAAGAAGACUAUGACCGUAUCGAUGCCUGCGAUUCGGUCGAUACGGAAGGCCUCUGGGACGUUUUAAGGAACGAUGGACAAGGAGAAAUUCGAUUGAAGGUUACCAAGAUGAACGGAGAGACCUUUACGAUUCCGGUCAAGCACACAUUGAGUAAGGAUCAAUGCGGUUUCAUUCUGGCUGGUAGUGCAUUGAACUUGCUUGCAAAGCGCAACAAGUCCGAUUGA